CAGCCAUUAAAUCCUUACCAAACAGCUGUUGUUGUUUGCAGAAAUUGCAGUUUGCCAAAACACUUUGAGCGCAGGCGCCAGUUUUUUGUAAACAUUGUCCGCCCAGCCCAAAAAUGCACGUCGGCAACAGCAGCAGUAGCAGCAGCAGCACCGCCCCCAAACGCCAAUGAACGCAAAAUCAGCACAAGGACGUGCCGCCGCCGAACGAUGACCAGGAAAAAUCGAUAAAAGCACAGGCAAACGGACAAGACAACGGCCGGAAGUGCAUUUUGUGCGUGCGUGUGUGUGUGUGUGAGUGUUGGGCGUUGGGUAACGGGCACACAGUAAUAGAAACAGUAAAAAACGAGCAGCAUGUUGGGGAAAUUGUGCAAGAAAAAUAUGUAGUUUUUGUGCAAACACGAAACUCAAAGGAAAGGCGACACAAAAUGGUGGGCAAAGGUUCGAGCGGCCUGUCCGUCGAUAUGAGCACAGGGACAAAGGAACGCCCUGUUUUCAUACCACCGCGAAAGCGUCAACAAACAAAAACUGAGGCCAAGAAGCAAAACUAUGUGGACCAUAUAGUCAGUGUGCAGCAAAAUCGACCCAAGCUGUCGCCCUCGAAUCCCACCCUCGAGGAGGAGCUGCUAAAGUCUAAGUUGAUUAUCAAGAACAAGCAGCCACUGCCACAGCUGCCGGGGGAGUUGGGUGUGCCGAAUGCCCAGGAUACGAUUGCCAGCACCCACUCGGCCAGCUCAACGCAGCAUAGCAAUAAGUCGGCCCGCUCUACGACCAACAUCAAUGAGCUGCAGAACUUCGAGUCGAUCUCACAGGGCACCAAGUCCACAUCGCAGCGGCAUGAGAGCAGCACAGUGACGCCCAGCAGCUGCUGCUACUCGGAGAGCAGCCUGGACGCCAAAAUAAGCAAGAGCCACGAUUGCCUCAGCAAUCGGUCGUCGUCGAAGAAGAGGGUCAACAUACGGACCGCAGAUCUGCCCGUGACGGCACGGAAUCAACGCUCAUCGCCGGACAUAGCCAACUACGAGGAUCUGGAGUCGGGGGAGACCAGUGUCCUGAAUACGUACGAUCAUAGCCUGGAGCGGUAUCAGGCACGGAAGGCAGCCGACGGCGGCAACUAUCUGACCAUGACGGGCACCAUCAAGCGCGGCAGGAAGAAGGGCCAGUCCAUUGAUCUGCAGAUCAACAUAAGUCGCGAGGAGCUGGAGCAACUGAAUGCCCAUGCCAUGGCCAAUGAGUCGCAGAAGGGUCGCAGCCUCUGCUGCACCUGCAGCUGUGCCAUCGGGCUGCACAUCUUCCUCAUCUCUCUGCUCUGCCUGCCGUUUGUAACGAUUAUUUCGGCGGUGUACUCCUUCUACAUUGGCACCCUCACCUGGUACAACAUGUUCAACUAUUACUGUGAGGAGAAGUCGUAUCUGCACAAGAUCUUCGUCACACCGCUGCUCUUUUUGGCCUAUCCGCUGGCCAUAGUUCUGUGCACCUUUGGCUUGGGCCUUUACUCCGGUUUCCGGCAGUUGAGUCUGCAGUACAGCAGCUGGGUGAACGACAUCACGGACAUUGAGAAGGGAUUCUAUGGCUGGCUGUGUGGAUUCCUCCACAUGCCCGACUGUAGUCCCUACGAGGUGGUCAUACUAACCGAUAUCUGUGUGGCGCCGCAGGAUCCACAGCGCCUGCACAUAAACAAGCCCCGCCAAGAGUUAUCCAUGUAGAGGGGGAAAUCGUCGAAUGAGGGGUGCCAGUAAACGGUUUAAUUUAUAGGAUUUACUGGACCAGCGGCGGCGGUUUCGAUAUUUCGACCAUGAGUGUGAUAUAAAAAACGUAAAAAGAAAUGAUAUAUCUCUGAAAAUCUACUCGUACGAGACACAAACUUAAGUUUCCUUUGGCCAAAUUUGUUCCUUUUACUUGUAUGCAAUUGCAGCUUUAGAGAACAGGAAUAUAUAGGUAUAUACACCACAUACCCCAUAGAUAUCAAAGCUAAACCAAACAUAAUCCAAGCCCUAUAGAGACUAGCAUUUAAGUUACUAGAAAAACAUCUAACACUCGCACAGAAACAAACAACAACCUCUCAAGUUUUCGGUGCCAUAUAGCCUUGCAAAUCAACAAUAAUCUCCAAUAUAUAGAAUAUAAUUAAUUGUUUUCCGAAUGAAUUGCUCAAAAAAAUGGUUAGUGUCAUUCUGAACAGGUGUUAAUUGAUUUACAAAAUUUACUAACAAUAACUAUAACUACUAUUAUCUCGUGUUUAACGAACUGUAAACUAAUUUCCCCACCCCCAUUAAAAAGCAGCGCUUUUUCGAAUUAAGUUACUAUUUUUAGUACAAAAACAAUAUAAUUACAGAGUCGAUAUAUUAUCUUUAUAAUGAUAUAGAAAGAUUACCCUGGGCGAUAAAAUGAAAACCUUUGAAUGUACUUUCCGCGAGACAAAAAUUAGGUCUGGAUAGGUAGAUCACUUUGUUAUACUUAGAUUUAGCAAUACCCCGAAAAUCUCUUUUUAAAUUCUAAAAAUGCCUUUGCGCACUUUCAUUAUUUUUUUGGUGGCAUCUGCAACCCCACAAUCCACAAAUUUAAUGAAUUGAAAGGAUAAUAGUACGACCAUUCCCAUGAUUUUUGAUUCGUGUCGAUAGGGUGGAUAUACCUAACCCAAAAUGUUCAAUUUCGCCAAUUUCUUUAAAAAAAUUUGUAGACGUCUCGUGGAAAGUACAAAAUGUCUGUCGCUCAAUGUGUAAUAUCCUUUGGUAGUAAUCGGAUUCCAUCCAUAUCUAUUUCCGAAAAAUUUGCAAGGUUAUGGCCGAAAGAAACCGUUAACUGGGGCACUAGCCCUACAAAAUACAGCAUUUCUUUACUUUCAAAACUCAAAGCCAAAUCUUAAAUAUUUAUAAACUCUCAUUGCAUUUACAGAACAAUGCAUUUAUCUAAAAAAAACCACACACCUACAAAUAAUAUAGAAACAAAACAAAUUAACUGUGCAGUUGAGGUGAUGGAAACUUUUUCUUAGUUUUAAGCCAACAAUAUUUUAUUUCUACAUACAAAAAAAAA